AUGGCGGCCAAACUCACUCUACAGUCCACGUACGACUUGGGCGAAAGCGGUGCCACGAUGCCCGUGCUCGGCUUUGGCGUGUACAAGAGUCCUGCGGAGGUGACGGAACGAUCGGUAACGACUGCGCUCAAGACAGGUUACCGUCAUAUCGACUCUGCUCAAUACUACGAAAACGAAAAGGAGGUGGGCAAUGCGGUUCGAGCGUGGUGCCUCGAGACGCACACCUCGCGUCGAGAGGUGUUUGUUACGACCAAGAUGAUUGCGCCGCUCAAGACCAAGGAGGAAACGCUCCAUUCUUUGCGCGAGUCGGUGAACAAGAUCAACCUCGAUGGCUACGUGGACUGCUUCCUGAUCCAUACGCCCUCCUCGGGCCUCUCAGGGCGCCAGCAGCUCUGGGAGGCACUCAAGGAGCUUCAAGCCGAAGGCAAAGUGGUCACGAUCGGUGUGAGCAACUAUGGCGUCAAGCAUCUGCAAGAGCUCAUCGACCGCAACGAGACCCCCGCGGUCAACCAGAUUGAGCUACACCCGUGGUGCCAGCAACGCCCCAUUGUCGAGCUGUGCAAGAAGCACAAGAUCAUCCUGCAGGCCUACUGCCCCAUUGUUCGAGGCAAGCACGCUGACGAUGCGGAGGUGCUCCAGAUUGCAGCCAAGCACAAAGUGGACUGGUCGCAGGUGCUGCUGCGCUGGUCAUUGCAGAAAGGGUUUGUGCCGCUGCCCAAGUCGGACACGCCUUCGCGCAUCGCCUCCAACGCCGACAUCUUUGGGUUUGAGCUGGACGACGAGGAUAUGACGACGCUGGAUGCCAAGGACCAGGGAGGUAGAGGUGCUGUUGGUCCCAACCCGGUUGGUUGCGAGUGA